AUGAAGGGAGAUACCGCCGAUGAACUUAGCCGAAUUUCCAACGCCGCGACGGCCGCUGUUAACGCGCAGGAGAGCAUCGGCCGGCCUAUCGAGUCCCACGGGAUGGACCUCUUCAACCACCUCGUAGUCGAGCUCUUUGAUCCGCGUACGCGUCUCGAGUGGGAGUCCUCCAUCUGCGACUCCAUCAAUCCACCGGAUCACACGGCACUCACAGACUUUAUGACCAAGCGCAUACUAACACUUAAUGCCGCGAAACCGAAACCCGCGUCGAAAGCCACAGAGACACGAUCCGCGAAAACUCACGCCGCGAAACGUGGCUUCGAUCCACAGUGCGCGUUGUGCAAAGGAAAGCACACCCUAAUGACAUGCAACGAUUUCAAGGCCAAGCCGGCCAACGAGCGUAAAUCUUUCGUCGAGACUAAUCGGCUGUGCUACAACUGCCUCGGUAAUCACAUGAUCGCGAAGUGCCAAUCGUCAAAAACGUGCCUGACGUGCAAAUCUAGGCACCACACAAUGCUCCACGAGGCUCAAGUCCCCGCGCCGAAACCCGUGGAGCCGACACCCGCAGAAGUCAGCGCACUAUCCGCAGUGCGUCAAGACGAAGAUAGCAAGGCCGUUCUCCUGGCAACCGCGCGGGUGAUGGUCGCCGACCGCCUCGGAGAUCCUCACGCCGUGAGAGCUCUAAUCGAUCAGGGAUCUGAAGUAUCGAUUAUCUCCGAAUCUCUGGCUCAGCAGCUCCGCCUUAAACGAUCGUACUCCGCCGUGUCAAUCUUCGGGAUCGGCGGCUCAAAAUCGGGAUCGACCCGCGGGAAGGUGACGGUGAGCAUCACCUCCAUCACGACCGGGUCCACCAUCUCCGCCGUCGCGUUCGUUCUGCCGCGUCUCUCGCUGUAUCAGGGCUCGACUACGAGGCGCGCUCCAGCGUGGCCACACAUUCAGGGACUUCCUCUGGCCGACCCGCAGUUCCUGGAUAACGAUCCAGUCGAGAUACUCCUUGGAGCGGAAGUCUGCUCCAUCAUCUUCGAGGACGGCAUCCGCAAAGGAGGGCCUGAAGCGCCCAUAGCGCAGAAGACGGUCCUCGGUUGGAUCCUCUCGGGGGGCUGUGGUGCAACAGAAGGGCACCGCAGUUCACUCCAAUGCACUGCCGACCACGAGCUAGUCGAUCUAGUGCGCCGCUUCUGGGAGCAGGAAACCGACGUCUCCGCUCCCGCCGUUCUCACGCCCGAAGAGGAAGAAUGCGAGGAGAUCUUCGUGCGCACCCACGAACGUACGGCCACCGGACGGUACGUCGUGAGACUCCCGUUCCGGAAAAUUCCAACGAGCCUGGCUGAGACUCGCAAGCCGGCGGAGCGCCUGCUGUCCACCAUGGAGCGACGAUGCGUCCAGGACUCGCGGUUCGGUGAGCUCUACCGAGCCUUCAUGCAGGAGUAUGAAGACCUGCAACACAUGACGGAGGUGAGCACCACCGAAGACAACACCACCGGGAAGUGCUACUUACCACACCAUGGAGUGUUCAAGGAGGCCAGCUCCACCACCAAGCUCAGAGUGGUGUUCAACGGGUCGCAACGCACGAAGUCCGGUGAAUCGUUGAACGCGCACUUACACGUUGGAGCUAAUCUCUUGCCCGCGCUCGCCGACGUGAUCUCGCGUUGGCGCCGGUACCGCGUAGCACUCGUGUCGGACAUCAAACAGAUGUAUCGCCAAAUCCUCGUGCACCCUGAAGACCGCGGAUUCCAGCGAAUCUUGUGGAGACGAAAGGUGACCGAGACACUGCGCGAACUGCUCCUGAAUACGGUGACGUACGGCCUCGCGUGUUCACCGUUUCUCGCGAUCCGGUCACUUAUUCAGUUGGCUAACGACGAAAAGGCGCGACAUCCGCAGGGCGCCGUCGCACUGCUCGAGGACCGUUACGUCGACGACGUUCAGACGGGGACGGACACAAUACCCGGCGCGAUCGCGUUGCAAACGGAACUUCGCGAACUUUGCAUGGCGGGCGGGUUUCCGCUUCGGAAGUGGUCGUCCAAUUGCGAGGAAGCUUUAGAAGGCAUUCCCCGGGAACACCGUCUGUUCCAAGAACCGCACUCUUGGCAGAACGAAAGUCAGACCACGUUAGGUCUCCUUUGGUACCCGAGCGAGGACAGCUUCGCGUUCGCGAUACACCCGCGCACGAUAACUCAGUACACGAAACGACACGUCCUCGCGGAAACCGCACGUCUCUUCGACCCACUGGGAUGGCUCGCUCCGGUCAUAAUCCGCGCCAAGAUAUUAAUUCAGUCUGCAUGGCUGCAGCAGCUGGAUUGGGAUACUCCGCUCCCUUCCGCCGACGCUCACCGCUGGGAGCUCCUCUUCAAGGAACUCCCUUUGCUCGAAGGCCUCCGCGUGAAUCGCUGGCUCGGCACUGGCACCGAGAAUCAGCACUUGGAAAUACACGGCUUCGCCGACGCAUCCGAACGAGGAUAUGCCGCAGUCGUGUACCUCCGCGUCUCCUCAGACAACCUCCAGGCUGUACACAUCCUGGCCGCCAAGAGCAAAGUGGCACCGGUGAAGCAAGUGACACUGGCGCGCCUCGAACUGUGUGCCGCCGCGUCACUUUCGAAUCUCGCAAAGCACUAUCGCACCACUUUAAGUCUGUCCACAGCACCUGUCUUCCUCUGGUCAGACUCUAAGACCACACUGCAGUGGAUCCGAGGGCACUCUUCCCGCUGGAAGACCUUCGUCGCAAACCGCGUGGCUCACAUCCAGACGCAGAUUCCCGACGCUCAAUGGCGACACGUCCCAGGGCGGGACAAUCCAGCCGACUGCGCCUCAAGGGGGAUCGCACCAAGUGAGCUACUGCACCAUCCCUUGUGGUGGACAGGUCCAGCCUGGCUCCAGGAGGACCCCUCUCACUGGCCGAACGAGGACUCCGAACUACCCGCAGACCAGAUGCCCGAACAACGAGUCGUGGUGCAAGCCGCCACUGAGAAGAGUGAAGUCGAGCCUGACAUGCUACUCAGGUUCUCAUCCCUGCACCGGCUACUGAGAGUCACGGCCUGGUGCUCGCGCUGGCGACACUCCGUCGCCCGCACGACGCUCACGCUUCAACCUGACGAGAUAGAUGAGGCACUGUUUCUGUGGCUCCGCGUGGUGCAAGGGUUGCACUACGCCGCCGAAGUCACCGCAGUCGCCUUCAACCGCACUGUACCACUGAGGAGCUCACUGGUUCACUUAAAUCCAUUCCUGGAUGACCACGGCGUGUUACGAGUAGGAGGACGCCUGAAGCACGCUCCGCUACCGCAGGAUGAGAAGCACCCAAUGAUCGUCCCACCAUCUUCGUGGCUCACUCGAUUGCUGAUCGACUCCUGCCACCGUCGAACGCUGCACGGGGGAGUGCAGCUCACUCUCGGGCUCCUCCGCCUUCGAUUCUGGAUCCCUCGAGGUCGGGCCGUGGUCAAACAGAUGCUGCAUCGGUGCGUCACGUGCACGCGAUGGCGAGCGGCCACACCGCAGCCGCCCAUGGGAAAUCUACCACGAGGACGAGUCACACCAGCGCGCCCGUUCCUCCGGACCGGCUUGGACUACGCCGGCCCCAUCCUCAUCCGCACGAGCCGGGGACGAGGGCACAAGGCCCACAAGGCCUUCAUCGCCGUGUUCGUAUGCCUCAGCUCCAAGGCCGUGCAUCUCGACGUGGUCUCCGACUAUACGACGGAUGCAUUUCUGGCUGCAUUCCGUCGCUUCACAGCACGUCGAGGCCUCUGCGAGGAGAUCUACUCGGACUGUGGCACCAAUUUCGUCGGCGCUGACCGAGUUCUCCAGGAUAUGUUCCGCGCGUCAUCCGCCGACGGCCGUCACAUCGCCCAUUCUGUCACCUCCGAAGGUGUGAAAUGGCACUUUAAUCCGCCGGCCGCACCACACUUCGGCGGACUUUGGGAGGCAGCGGUAAAAUCCACGAAACAUCACCUGCGACGAGUGAUCGGAGAGAGCACACUCACUUUCGAGGAAAUGUCCACGUUCCUCGCACAAGUCGAAGCCUGCCUGAAUUCACGACCGCUGCAGGCUUUAUCUGACGACCCGGACGAUAUUUCCGCACUCACACCGGGGCAUUUCCUGAUCGGCGCCCCGCUGCUGGCCGUGCCCGAGCCUUCACUCGAGGAGACUGCCGACGGCACGCUAUCCCGGUGGCAGCACAUUCAGAAAAUGCGCGAUCACUUCUGGUCUCGAUGGUCACGGGAAUAUAUCCACGGGAUGACAGCCCGGCCGAAGUGGCACAAAACCGAGGACGUCCCGGACGUGGGAGCCUUGUGCCUCGUGCGCUCCGAGAACACUCCGCCGAGUCGAUGGCCUCUCGCCCGGAUCGUGAGACUGCACCCAGGGGACGACGGCGUGGUCCGCGUUGCAACGAUUCGGACAGCCACCUCAGAGCUCGUGCGCCCGCUGUGCAAGCUCGUGCUACUUCCCCGGAUCAAGGACCAGCCGCCGCCGACGGAUGCGUGA